GGCAGAUUACCCAGCAUCAUGACGCUCAUCGUCGACAUCCACACCCAUGUCUACCCGCAGUCCUACAUGGACAUGCUUCGUGCCCGCAAGACAGUCCCCUACGUCCACGAUCCCCAGUCCAACGAUCCUCCCCGCCUUAUCAUCCUCUCCUCCGACGACGACUCGUCAAUCCCGCUCGACAAGCGCGGUCGUCCCGUCGAUGCGUCCUAUUGGGACAUCGACGUGAAGUUGGCCUUCAUGCGUCGACAUGGCAUUAACUCCAGCGUCAUCUCUCUCGCCAACCCGUGGCUGGAUUUCCUGACCCCCGCAGAGGCUCAGAUAUGGGCAGAACGUAUCAACGAUGACCUAGAAGCGACAUGCGCACGAGUAAAUCGCGCCACAGACCCAGAUGGCACGCGUGCUCUGCACGAAAAGGAGACGCUCUUUGCCUUCGGAACACUCCCCUUGAGCGCCCCGAGCCCUUCGAUCGUCGUUAACGAGAUUAAGAGACUCAAGUCCCUCCCGCAUCUGCGGGGAGUCAUCAUGGGCACGUCAGGUCUGGGUAAAGGGCUAGACGAUGAACGCCUGGAUCCGGUGUGGGAAGCAUUACAGGAAACACAGUCCCUUCUUUUCCUCCACCCCCACUAUGGUCUACCGGAUGAGGCAUUCGGCGGUGCAGAAGCGACAAGUCGCUACGGUCAUGUCCUCCCGCUGGCAUUAGGGUUUCCCCUUGAAACUACCAUCGCCGUCACGCGCAUGCUGCUGGCUGGCGUAUUUGACCGGUUUCCUAGGUUAAUGAUCCUUCUGGCGCAUUCGGGGGGAACACUUCCCUUUCUCGCGGGAAGGAUAGAAAGCUGCAUCCUUCACGAACGGAACUUCAUUGCCAACGGAGGCGAUGUACAGGGCCCAAAACGGAGUGUAUGGGAGGUCCUGCAGACGAAUAUCUACCUCGAUGCCGUUGUAUACGGCACUGCGGGACUGAAGGCUGCCGUGGCUGCAGCAGGGAGCACGGAUCGUCUGUUAUUCGGGACUGAUCAUCCUUUCUUCCCUCCGUUGGACGGUAAGGAAGACGAAGAUUGGCCUAGCGUGACGACCAAUUACAAGGCAAUCAAUGCCUCAUUCGGUGACGACGCAGAGUCCGUAGCGGCUGUCCUGGGAGGGAAUGCGGCUCGCAUUCUAGAUCUGAAAUGAUAUCCUGUGUCUACGUUCUUCUUUAUACCCAGGAAGAUUGCCUUGAGAUUUGAGAGAUAAAAGGAUUCCUUUCAUAAAGCUCAAAUAUGUUUUAUUUUCAUAAAUUUUGUAUAUAGAGACUAUCUGUAAAGAUAUACUUCCUAUAUCUAGUUGCAUUAGACAUGUUAUUGGCAACAAAGCAGCUAAAACGAAAAAGCAAAAAGAAUCGGUUCAAUAUUAUCAGUCCUUCAUGCCUUCAGCAAAUGGAAAGUAUUUCGCUUGCUUUCAAAUACCGCUAAUUAUAAGCCUAGCCUUUGAAAUGGUCGUUCUUCACCAGGAUAUCCCAUCCUAAUAGUCUCCAAACCUCCUGUGUAAACCAGUCUGGCACAGACUGCUCAGGAACCUGCACACACUUUCUUAAUCUGUCGAGUUCCGAUGAUUCUGGACGUGCCGGGUACUUCAAGGAUUGCUGAAACAGUGGGUCAUUGGCACCAAAGACCGCUUGGAGAAGAGUACUUUGCAGCUUCUCUUUGAUUCCGAGGAUGAAUUCACCAUUGAGAGCUUGCUUCUGAGAUGGCGAUGAGGGCAACGAUGGCACAGUAUCUAAGAAAGCGAGGACCCUUUCUAAAAGCCAGACUAGAUGCUUCGCCUCGAGCUGUGCUGAAUGAAGGGAUACUUCACUCAUGUCUGCCUCAAUUAGACCUUCCGGAAGGGGAAGCUUGGCGGUGUUGACUUUCAGGUCAGGGUGUAAGCGUAGGUCUCGGAAGACAAACAGACAUAAUAGUUUUCCCACGCGACUGAGUAAUAUAAACAGAAAGCCUUCUAAAAGGUCUCUGUGCUCUGCAGACGAAGGAUCUAGUGAAAGAGCCAUUGUGCUAAGCAAGCGAGUGAUGUGCAUCGAGACAUCAUCCCCCGUCGUCGAUAGAUGAGCUUCAACAGGACGACUCAUCUUUGAAUGCUUCGACUUAGCCGAUUGCUUUGUCCUUUGAUAUUUCGUGCCUGCCUUUGAAGUGGC